AUGGAAGACAAUAUCUUCGAAGAAAAAGCCGACGGAGAACUGUCUGAUACCUCAUCAGUCCUCUCGGAUGUGGAUUCUGAACUAUUCAAGGAUUUUGAUAUCGAUGGAAGCAAUGCAUCGGAGCCAGAUACACACGAGACUCUCUUCUGUGGAGCCGCAGAAAUGUCCGACACAACAUCAAUCCUCUCAGACGUCCCUUCAGAAAUAUUCGCAGAUUUCGAUCUGGAUGGUUCCUUCCUUGAGUCCUGCUCAGAAGCCUUAAAGUAUAACCCACUCACAAAGCCCUCUCAAAGAGGAAGGCGCAAACAUGCUGGGAGUCAAAAUAUCAGUCAAACAUCAUACCAGCUCAACAUCUUCGUCUCCAAUCACAGAAUAUCUCUUGGCACACUAUCAACCGAUUAUCAACGAAGCAUGUCUGAAGCAAGUAGCACGAUAAUUGUCGAUACCAGUACACAAGCUCCUCAUCCACCGAAAAUGUCACGCCGAGGACGCAGCAGUUCAGAUGGUGAGAAAGAAUCACCGGAUAGGAGGAUCACGUCAGCGAAUAAAGCGCCACCAGCCAAGGAGCACACACCGAGCAAGAGGCUCAUGCUCCCGCUGGAUACCAAUCAGAACGUGACUGUAGUACGGGAAGAUACAGAAACGGAGACGGAAGAAGAACACCAGCCUCCGACACGGAAAAUAUGCUCAAGAACCCGAAAGAGGAAGAGAGUUAGUCACGCGGAUGAGGAUUAUGAUCCAGAUGACAGGAUGUCUAUGAACAUUUAUUCAAGGGUUGAAGAGGAAAUGAAUAGAUCAAAGGUUAAGAAGAGAAGUGUCAAGACUCGCGAACCAGCCAUGGGGAAAUUCAAAGUCUCUCGGAAAACUUGCACCAAAGCAACCCCAUCAAGCAGCCAGGACGACGCAGAAGCCAUAUUGAAGUCAGCAGAAGCAGAGCAAGAAGAUGAUCUCUGGGAAGCAGAACCAUUCCAAAAAGAGUACGAAGAAGCAACUGUCGCCAAAAUGAGGGAAGCACACCAACUCAAUUCAAUCACCGAAUUCCCACCACCAAGCGGCUGGUACGCCGGAGUUCCCAAAGCCAACAGCCAAUGGACAGUCUGCGUCCGACCCCCAAAGCCCACAUGGUAUCAUCCUGACUGGGAUGCUGAGAGGCGUAAGCAAGCCGAUAAAGCUACUGCGGCGUUGGUCAGACAGGGGGAGGAAGUUCUGGAGGCGGAUAUGGAGAAUAAAAGGUACCGGAUGAGGAAGUCGGGGACGAAUUUGGUUACGAAACAUACGGUUACUUGGUAUCAGUGCCAUUGGUUUCCGACUGGGAAGCGAUGGGUCUUCAAUAUCUCGCUGGAUGGGUAUGAUGAGUAUUGA